AUGUCGGUGCAGCGUGUGUGUGUGGCCGACUUUGAGGUAGAAGCCAAGCGAGUUCUUCCUAAAGCGGUGUAUGACUACUACCGCUCAGGAGCCGAUGAGCAACACACUCUAGCUGACAAUGUCGCUGCCUUCAACAGGUGGCGUCUUGUCCCCCGGGUGUUGAGGGAUGUGUCCACAGUGGAUCUCUCUGUCUCUGUGCUGGGCCACAAGCUCAGCAUGCCUGUCUGUGUUGCCGCCACAGCAAUGCAGAGGAUGGCUCAUCCUGAAGGAGAGACAGCUACAGCAAGAGCAUGCCGAGCAGUGGGGACAGGGAUGAUGCUGAGCUCCUGGGCCACCUCCACUAUAGAGGAAGUGAUGUCAGCAAUGACAGCCUCACCAGGCGGCGGCGUCAUGUGGCUGCAGCUCUACAUCUAUAAGGACCGAGAGCUCACAAUCUCCUUGGUCCGCCGGGCAGAAGAGGCCGGCUACAAGGCUAUCUUUGUUACCGUGGAUACGCCAUACCUGGGAAGGAGACGGGAUGACAUGCGCAACCAUUUUAAACUGCCCCCACACCUGAGCCUGUCCAACUUCUCAUCAGCCUCCCUGGCUUUCUCUGAGGGAAACUACGGCAAUGACAGUGGUUUGGCUGUUUACGUUGCCAAGGCAAUAGACCCCUCUCUCUGUUGGGACGACAUCACAUGGCUAAAAAAACAUACAUACCUACCAGUGAUUGUGAAAGGGGUAGUUAAUGGUGAUGAUGCCGCACAGGCUGUGACCUAUGGCGUCGACGGCAUCCUGGUGUCCAAUCACGGAGCUCGACAACUGGAUGGGGUUCCUGCCACACUGGAUGUGUUGGAGGAGGUGGUGCAGGCAGUGCAGGGUCGCUGUGACGUCUACAUGGACGGAGGAGUGCGGCGGGGUACCGACGUCCUCAAGGCCUUGGCCCUGGGAGCGAAGGCCGUGUUCGUCGGCCGCCCGGUGCUGUGGGGCCUCGCCUGCCAGGGGGAACAGGGAGUUACAGAGGUUCUGGAACUUCUAAAAGGGGAGCUGCGACUCGCUAUGGCCCUGUCAGGUUGUCGCUCUGUGUCUGAGGUGAGCAGGUCCCUGGUCAGGAGAGUGGAGUUCACCUCCAGGAUGUAA